AUGGCUAAAACUCAUGAAAUCAAUGAAGCUCCAGAAGCGGUGGAGAUGGAUGUGGUAAAAGACCAGAUGAAUUAUUCAUUGGUUGACCGAGAAGUCGCAGAGUACGCAAAUGCAACGAUCGUGGAAAUAGAUGAAGCGACUAGCCGUCGACUGAAGAAGCAGAUAGACAAGAGGGUCAUGGUUGUUAUGGUUAUCACUUACUUGGUUCAAACUCUGGACAAGGGGACCUUGUCAUACGCAUCCAUAAUGGGAAUCGAAGAGGACACUCAUCUUGUGGGCCAACAGUACUCCUGGUUAACGACGAUCUUAUAUAUGGUUAUUCUCUUGGUGGAGUUCCCGGAAAACUAUAUCAUCCAACGCGUUCCCAUCGCAAAAUGGCUAUCUGGAAACAUUAUUUUGUGGGGUAUCACGCUCGCACUUCAAGCAGCAAUGAAAAAUUUCCAAGGAUUGAUCGCUCUUCGCGCUUUCCUGGGCUUGUUCGAGGCUGCCAGCCAGCCCACUUUUACCCUCUUAUCCUCCAUGUGGUACACCCGCGAAGAGCAGGGAGCCGCGGUUACCUUUUGGUUUAUGAUGAACGGCUUGAACCAAAUUUUAGGCGGCUUAUUAGCUUUCUGUUUCUCAUUUAUCCCUUCAGCUUCUCCCAUCAGUUCAUGGCAAGCCUUAUUUAUUGCUUAUGGUAUAUUGACUGUCCUCUGGGGCAUUUUUGUUGCAUGGUGGAUGCCAGACUCUCCAAUGAGAGCCCACUGCUUUACUGAAAGUGACAAGAAGCUCAUGGUGGAACGGGUUCGUCGCAACAGAACCGGACUACAGAAUCGAAAAUUUCGCAAAGAACAGGUCUGGGAAGUCGUCAAAGACCCUCAAGUUUAUGCAAUUGUCCUGAUUCAACUCUUCCUCACCAUACCUUCUGGCGGCUUGGGUGCAUUCAACAACAUCAUUGUCAAAUCAUUUGGUUUCACUACCUGGCAGACCCAGCUUCUUCAGAUGGUCUCUGGUGCUGUCCAGCUUACUGCUAUGCUGGGGGCUGUCUGGGUCGAUAGGCGUUUUAAGCAAACAAUUCUCGCUAUGAUGGCGUCGGUAGUUCCAACCAUUGCAGGAGUCAUCGUGCUUGUCGCCGUUCCCUUUACAUACGAUAAACGUGUUGGCCUAUUGUUAGCUUACUAUAUUAUGAUAGCCUAUUGGGGCUGUGCGGGUCUCGCUCUUUCCCUUGUGACCCGUAAUGUUGCAGGCCAGACAAAGAAAAGCGUGGUUAUUGCAUGCAACUUUAUUUUUUGGGCAGUCGGCAAUGCUAUUGGCCCACAAACAUUUCGUUCGAACGACGCCCCUCGUUAUUUCCCUGCCUUGGCAACUGUCUUAACCUGCUUCAUUCUUUUGGAAGUCGUCCUUUUCGCCUUACGUACAUGGUAUAUCAGCCAGAACAGGAAGCGCGAUAAAAAGGUUGAGCAUGGAGAGGUUUCUGAAGAUGCAGCUUUUACUCACUCGUUUGAGGAUGUCACAGAUCGUCAAAACCUGACCUUUCGCUAUAUCUAUUAA